AGAGCAGAGACGUCAGCGCCAUGGCGUCCGCCGAGCCCGAGCCCGACCGCGAGCGCGAGCGAAAGCGAAAGCCGCCGGAGGUGGAGGCGGGCGGCGGCGAUCCGGCGGCAGCGGACGAGGAGGAUGAGGAGGAACGCUGGGUCGGGCCACUCCCGGGGGAGGCCGCGCAGGCGAAGAAAAGGAGAGUUCUUGAAUUCGAACACGUUUAUCUUGAAAAUCUUCCGUCGGCUUCAAUGUAUGAACGCAGUUACAUGCACAGAGAUGUUAUUACACACGUAGCAUGUACAAAGACAGAUUUUAUCAUAACAGCCAGUCAUGAUGGACAUGUAAAAUUCUGGAAGAAAAUAGAAGAAGGGAUUGAGUUUGUUAAACACUUUCGAAGUCACUUGGGUGUUAUUGAGAGUAUUGCUGUUAGUUCAGAGGGGGCAUUAUUCUGUUCUGUUGGAGAUGACAAAGCGAUGAAGGUGUUUGAUGUAGUCAACUUUGACAUGAUCAACAUGUUGAAGCUUGGCUACCACCCUGGCCAGUGUGAAUGGGUAUAUUGCCCUGGAGAUGCUAUAUCUUCUGUUGCAACAUCUGAGAAAAGCACAGGGAAAAUAUUCAUAUAUGAUGGACGAGGAAAUAACCAGCCACUUCACGUUUUUGAUAAACUCCAUAUGUCCCCUCUUACUCAGAUACGCCUGAACCCUGUCUACAAAGCAGUUGUGUCUUCGGACAAGUCCGGAAUGAUCGAGUACUGGACUGGUACUCCUCAUGAAUAUAAAUUUCCCAAGAAUGUGAACUGGGAGUAUAAAACAGAUACCGAUCUAUAUGAAUUUGCUAAAUGCAAGGCUUACCCAUCCAGUAUAAGUUUUUCACCUGAUGGCAAGAAAAUGGCCACUCUUGGGUCUGACAGAAAAGUUAGAAUUUUUCGUUUUCUGACAGGAAAGCUCAUGAGAGUCUUUGAUGAAUCUCUGAGUAUGUUUACUGAACUUCAGCAGAUGAGACAACAGCUGCCUGACAUGGAGUUUGGCCGGCGUAUGGCAGUUGAGCGUGAGCUGGAGAAAGUGGAUGCAGUAAGAUUAAUUAAUAUAAUUUUUGAUGAAACUGGACACUUCGUUCUCUAUGGAACUAUGUUGGGCAUUAAGGUCAUAAAUGUAGAGACUAACAGGUGUAUUCGUAUCUUGGGAAAACAAGAGAACAUCAGAAUGAUGCAACUGGCUUUGUUCCAAGGAGUAGCAAAGAAACAUCGUGCAGCGAUCACUAUAGAGAUGAAGGCAUCUGAAAAUCCUGUUCUCCAGAAUAUUCAGGCAGAUCCAACAGUAAUCUGCACAGCUUUUAAAAAAAACAGGUUUUACAUGUUUACUAAACGCGAACCAGAAGACACAAAGAGUGCAGAUUCUGACAGAGAUGUAUUUAAUGAGAAACCUUCUAAAGAAGAGGUCAUGGCAGCCACUCAGGCAGAAGGUCCCAAAAGAGUGUCAGACAGUGCCAUCAUCCACACAAGCAUGGGAGAUAUUCAUAUCAAGCUUUUUCCUGUUGAGUGCCCCAAAACAGUGGAAAACUUCUGUGUGCACAGCAGGAAUGGUUACUACAAUGGACACAUAAUUCACCGUAUCAUCAAGGGUUUCAUGAUUCAGACUGGUGACCCAACUGGUACAGGAAUGGGAGGUGAAAGCAUUUGGGGAGGAGAAUUUGAAGAUGAAUUUCAUUCAACUUUACGACAUGACAGACCAUAUACACUCAGCAUGGCUAAUGCAGGACCAAAUACCAAUGGAUCCCAGUUUUUUAUAACAGUAGUGCCAACUCCGUGGCUCGACAACAAGCACAGUGUGUUUGGACGGGUUACUAAAGGAAUGGAAGUUGUUCAGAGAAUCUCAAAUGUCAAAGUCAAUCCCAAAACUGACAAACCCUAUGAGGAUAUCAGCAUCAUUAAUAUAACAGUGAAGUAAGGCAGGCAUUGAAGGUUCCAGCUUAAGCAGAAAAAAACUGAUCAUGUGGGACCCAGAAAGGGACCUAGGAAGAACAAACAUUUUUGAUAGUUCCUAGAUAUCCUAAAAGACUGGAUCUGGCACUUGGUGCCAUGAUCUAGUUGAGGUGUUAAAAGAUGAGUUGGACUCGAUGAUCUUAAAGGUCUCUUCCAGCCUAGAAAUUCUGUGAUUCUGUGAUAUGGCAAAUACCAGGACACAGCAAUCACCAGUUCUACUAUUUUUAAUGUACCUAAAGUGCCCUAAUUCUGCAUUUCUGGUAAAUUUGUAUUUUAAAGUAAAAACAUCUACAUGUUUCUUACAAAGCCUACUGUCUUUCUUGCAUCUCUUCUAUGCAAAAUUAAAGAUAAAAACCCCCACCCCAUCCCAGGACAAUGUUUGUAACUUUUUCAUGUUUUUCAUCUUUCAUAUGUAAUUAAUCUGUUUCACGGUAUUGAAAUCUUUGACAAAGGGAAAGGCCAAAAUACUAAGUUGAGUAAACUUCUCAAUCCUUUUUACGUGUAUCAAAAAUUUGAUUAAGUUACUGUACUGUUGGCUAUGAAAAGCAAACAAUGUAACCUACCUCUGUUCUUUAAAAAUAGUUGUGUACACAUCUCUCUCCAAGAGCAAUUAUCAACUCUGAAAAUGCCACUGUAUAAA